UUCAUUGUUCUUCCUCUUACGCUUCCCAAAUUCAACUUCUCCUUCAUUUUCUCUGUUAAUUAAUCCCAAAUUCCUUUUCACAGUCUCCAAGCUAAGAAUGAUUUCCAUUUCUCUCUCUUCAAUUUGUAUUUAUCUUUGCUUUAAUCGCUCAUACCUCAUCAACUUUCUUCCAUAAUUUUCACUAAAAUAAUAAUUUCCGGCACAAUCAGGUUUCUAGGUCACCAUUGAAAUCAUUAUAGUCUAGGUGUUUGAUUUAAUGCUUGGGGCUUGAUGGUUGUGUAGGAGGAGAGGCGUCUUGAGCUCAAUCUUCUUGAUCAAUGGCUGAACUAUUGGGGCCACGUUUGUAUAGUUGCUGUAAUUGUAGAAACCAUGUUGCCCUCCAUGAUGAUAUAAUUUCUAAAGCUUUUCAGGGAAGACAUGGGCGUGCUUUUCUGUUCUCUCAUGCUAUGAACUUCACAGUGGGACCAAAAGAAGACCGGCAUCUCAUGACGGGUCUCCACACUGUUGCUGAUGUGCAUUGUGUUGACUGCCGUGAGGUGCUGGGGUGGAAGUAUGAGAGGGCCUAUGAGGCAUCACAGAAGUAUAAAGAAGGGAAGUUCAUUCUUGAAAAAUCAAAAAUCGUUCGGGACAACUGGUAACGUCCUGUGGAUCUUGUUGAAUGCAUUGAUUCUUAUUUUGAUGUAAGUUUAUUGAUUCUUCGUGAUGUUAUCUUGUAUAUAAAGUUAUCAUCGUUCUUGUUCUUGUUCUUGUUUCCUGUUGCUCUUGUAUAUAGUAUAUAUCUGUAAGCUCUGAACUUGACUGGAUAUCAUUGUAUCUUCAAUGCUCACCAUCUGUGUUAAUGAAAUUGUGGUGCUUAAAGUAA